AUGGCUGAAGCUGUGAUUUCCAUGGUGGUAGACUUGUUGGGUUCUCUUCCUCUCGAGAAGUUAAUAAAAGAAGUGAGUUUGGUCAGCAAAGUUCAACAAAGGGUGGAUAAUUUGAAGAGAAAUCUGAGGUCCAUUCGAGCUGUACUCCAUGAUGCUGAGAACAAAAGAUGGACUACCAAUAGUGAAAGUGUCAAAGUUUGGCUGGAGACGCUUGCAGAUGACGCUCAAGAGAUGGGUAAUGUGCUCGAUCAAUGGAACACUCUCAUUCUCAAAACCCAAAUUGAGAGCGAGUUUCGAAAGAGAAAUUCGGUUAGUUUCUUCAUGCCCACUUUUUGUUUUUGUUUUCCCAGCGUGAACAACUUUUCUCACCGUGAGAUCUCACAAAAAAUUGAAGAACUCGAUGAGAAAGUAACUAGAGCGGCUAAUCAAAUAGGCCAUUUGGGGCUAAUAGAAAACAUGGCGAGAGUCGACACUCAUGCCGAGAAAGUUUUGGGAAGAUUAGAAACUACCUCUUUUAUUGAUGAAACUGAAGUUCAUGGCCGUGAUCAAGAUAAGGAGGUGUUGUUAGAUAUGUUAAUGUGUGAGACAAGUCAUGGUGUUGGCCAAGGACAACUUGAGGUCAUCUCCAUUGUGGGGAUGGGAGGACUUGGCAAAACUACCAUGGCACAGUUGACAUUUAAUAAUGAAACUGUUAAGAAUCACUUUUCUAAGAGGAUUUGGGUGUGUGUUUCUGAGCCUUUUGAUUUACUCAAAAUUGCAUCAGCCAUUACUGAAAACCUUCAUAAGGAUAAUCAAACUCACAUCCAAGAAAAAGAUGAUUCAAGUCAAACCCAAUAUGGGAAUCCCCCAACAUUUCAAACCUUAGAAGCAGCGUUUAAUUGGAUCUCUAUUAGCCUACGUAAAAGUCGUUUUCUUCUUGUUUUAGAUGAUGUAUGGAACGAGGAGCCUAGUAAGUGGGAACCAUUAGAGAUUAUGUUGAAGAAGUUAGACUGUGUAGGAAGUAAAGUCUUGGUUACCACACGAAAGGAGAGUGUAGCACGUGUGAUGGGAGCUAGUAGUACUUCUCAUAUCAUUAAGUUAAAAGAGUUGAAUCAGAAUGAGUGUCAAAUGAUAUUCGAAAGACGUGCUUUUAAGGGUAGAAACAAUGAAGAAAUCGAAGAAUUAAGAGAUGUUGCUGUACAAAUUGUGAAAAAAUGUAAGGGACUACCUUUGGCUGCCAAGACUUUAGGUGGUCUCAUGCAUUUCAAGAGAAGUAGACAAGAAUGGGAAGGUGUUUUGCGAAGUCAAUUGUGGGAGUUAAAAGUUCGUGAAGUUGAAGAAUAUCUCUUUGGUCCAUUGCUAUUAAGUUACCUUGAUUUAUCUUCUUUUGAGAAACCUUGUUUGUUACAUUGUUCCAUAUAUCCAAAAGAUUAUUUGAUCGACAAGAGACAACUCGUUGAAUUGUGGAUGUCAGAAGGUUAUCUAAGUUGUGAGGAAGAAGGGGCAAGUGUUUUUCAAAAUUUAACAAUGAGAUCUUUUUUUCAAGAUUUUCAAGAAGCAAAUGACAUAUAUGAUGAUAGUAAUGUGGUUUGUAAGAUGCAUGACAUACUACAUGACUUCAUCCAAUAUUUGACAAAAAGAGAGUGUGAGAUCAUAGAAGCUCUUAAUAUAAACUCAGAUGUUAUGAAGAAGCAGAGACUUGGUGAUCAAAGUACUCGACAUUUAACCAUAGCAAUGGAGUCUAAAGCUGAGUUUCCUAAUUUGGAAUUGACUGAUGGCAAUAAAAAGUUUCUUCACACCUUUCUAAUUUUAAGGCAGGAAAAGAAUAUCUCUACUGAUAGCUCCACUUUCUUAACUCUAAAACAUCUUCGGACAUUGAAUGUGUCCAAAUGUGGGCUCAAGAGAUUGCCAGAGAAUAUUGGUGACUUGAUACAUUUGAGAUAUCUUGGGUUGUCAAACAAUCCUUUGGUUAAGUUACCAAAAGCAAUUUGCAACUUAUGCAACCUUCAAACCUUCAAAUUAGAGUCCUGUCGAUCAUUACUAGAGCUACCAGAAAGUAUGGGCAAGCUAAUCAACUUGAGAUCUUUGUACUGUUACAAAAGUGAUGCUUUCUCAAGACUACCAAAAGGAAUUUCAAGGCUAACUUCGUUGCGUUAUGUAGAUUGGAUUGAAGCUUUUGGAGACAAAACCAAGUACUUGACUCUCAGAGAGUUAACAAAGAUGAAUUGCAAGCUCAAAAUCGAUUACUUGACUAUUCAUUUGAAAAGUCUUGUGAAUAUAGAACAUGCAACUGAGGCUAACAAGGUAGAACUAGCCACUUGGGAACUCGUCAGUGAACUCGUCAUCAUAUACCAAGGAAACCGUCAUGAAUUCGAUGCAGCAAUUGAUUUCUUUGAGCCUCAUCCAAAGCUAAAAGUUUUGAAAGUAAGACACUCUUGUUGCCGCACAUUCUCUCCAACAUGGAUGAUGUCCUUGAAUCUUUUGCGAGACAUUGAGUUUUAUCAUUGCUACAGCAUAAGUUCAUUGCCAUCAGCUUUGGGAAAACUACCGUCUCUCGAGUCACUUCGUUUCUGGCAUUUCGAUUCCAGAAAACUUGGCCCUGAAUUGUUAGGCAUAAUGGAAGAUCACCAAGUUGAAAGACAUGAAAGUACUACUCUAUUCCCCAAGCUUAAACUGCUCACAUUCAGAAAUGGAGAAAAUUUGGAAGAGUGGAAAACUGAAGUACCUAGCAAUAAUAUAAAGCUGAUGCCAUAUCUCCAAACCUUGCAAUUCAUGUGUUGCCCUAGACUUCGAGUGCUACCCAACUUUCUUCGAAGGGUUCCUUUGCAAUUUAUAUACAUAUACUAUGACAGUAUUCUCAUGGAGCAUUGCAGAACGAGGGAAGGGAAUGAGUGGCCCAAGAUUUCUCACGCCAAAAACAUUCUCCUCGACGACGUGCAUGUGCAAAAAGAUGGUCGUUUCAUCGAAGAAACAAUUUGA